ACUGCGCGCAGGGCAGGUGCCGGAACCCGGAGGGAGAGAAAGAAUCCCAAGGUAGGGCAGGUGCGAUGCCCUCAGGUGCGGGAAUGGAAGGAACAAGGCAGCAAGACCUUCAUGUGCACCGGGCGCCCUGGCUGGCUCACUAUCUCGCUGCGGGUUGGAAAGUACAAGAAGACGCACAAAAACAUCAUGAUCAACCUGAUGGACAUUCUGGCAGUGGACACCAAGAAACAGAUUGUCCGUGUGGAGCCCUUGGUGACCAUGGGUCAGGUGACCGCCCUGCUGACCUCGAUCGGCUGGACUCUGCCCGUGUUGCCCGAGCUGGAUGACCUCACAGUGGGGGGCUUGAUCAUGGGCACAGGCAUAGAGUCGUCAUCCCACAAGUAUGGCCUGUUUCAACACAUCUGCACCGCCUACGAGCUGGUCCUGGCCGAUGGCAGCUUUGUGCGGUGUACGCCGUCCGAAAACUCAGACCUGUUCUACGCUGUGCCUUGGUCCUGUGGGACCCUGGGCUUCCUGGUGGCUGCCGAAAUCCGUAUCAUCCCUGCCAAGAAGUACAUUAAGCUGCGGUUUGAGCCAGUGCGGGGCCUGGAGGCUAUCUGUGACAAGUUCACCCGCGAGUCCCAGCGACUGGAGAACCACUUCGUGGAGGGGCUGCUCUACUCCCUGGAUGAGGCUGUCAUCAUGACAGGGGUCAUGACAGAUGAAGCAGAGUCCAGCAAGCUGAAUAGCAUUGGCAAUUACUACAAGCCGUGGUUCUUCAAGCACGUGGAGAAUUAUCUGAAGACAAACCGAGAGGGCCUGGAGUACAUUCCCCUGAGACACUACUACCACCGCCACACGCGCAGCAUCUUCUGGGAGCUCCAGGACAUCAUCCCCUUCGGCAACAACCCCAUCUUCCGCUACCUCUUUGGCUGGAUGGUGCCUCCCAAGAUCUCCCUCCUGAAGCUGACCCAGGGCGAGACCCUGCGCAAGCUGUACGAGCAGCACCAUGUGGUGCAGGACAUGCUGGUUCCCAUGAAGUGCCUGCCGCAGGCCCUGCACACCUUCCACGACGACAUCCACGUCUACCCCAUCUGGCUGUGCCCGUUCAUCCUGCCCAGCCAGCCGGGCCUGGUGCACCCCAAGGGAGACGAGGCCGAGCUCUACGUGGACAUCGGAGCGUAUGGGGAGCCACGCAUCAAGCACUUCGAAGCCCGGUCCUGCAUGAGGCAGCUGGAAAAGUUUGUCCGGAGUGUGCAUGGGUUCCAGAUGCUCUAUGCCGACUGCUACAUGAACCGGGAGGAGUUCUGGGAGAUGUUUGACGGCUCCCUGUACCACGAGCUGCGGGAGCGCCUCGGUUGCCAAGACGCCUUCCCCGAGGUGUAUGACAAGGUCUGCAAGGCCGCCAGGCACUGAGCCGGAGCCUGCCUGGAAAGACAGAUGCGUGUGGGUGGACAGGCAUCUUCCCUUCACUUGAGCUUGGCUGCUUUCCCAGACCCACACUUCCAGAGAGAAGCCCCUCCAGAAACCUCGCUCAGACAGGCCAGCACCUUCCUCCCGGCUUCCUGGUGCAGCCCAGAGGAGUGGAAAGCAAUGGGAUUUGGAGUCAGAUGUACCUGAGUCCAAUCCCUGUUCGGCACUCAUUGGCUGUGUGACUCUGAGUGUGUCUCAGCCCCUCUGAGCC